AUGUCCCGUCCAACUGAGCCUUGUUCGCAGGCUGAGGCUCGGGACGACGAUGGAGCCGCUCUUAGUGGAAGUCCGCCUUUGACUCAUCGCCUGAGCGAGAGUGCGCGUUGGGAGACUCCUGGGGAAGAAGGAGCAGCAGCAGAGGCACGGAGCGGAGGUAUCAUCGAGGCUACAGGGGACGGGAAGCAGCGAGAAGAGGAGUCUGUUGUCUCGGACUUGAUGGAUGCACCCGAGGUUGUGUCCGUGUCAGAGGCAGCAGAGAAAUCAAUUAACGGAGAAAACGGAGAGAACGGAGAGCAAGCAGCGACAUCAGAAACCGUCGGAGCAGAGUGUGAUAGAGACGUUUCCGGAACAGCAGAAACUCAGUCCUUGCACUCCGAUUCGGAGCUCGCGUUUAAGAAGAUGUCUCUUGAUCCCAACGCCGCUGAAUUCACCCCGUCCUUCGCGCCUUCCCCAUCAGCAGUCGCUGCGACACCUUAUUUACCUGACUACACCCCUCUCAGCUCCACUGCCGCUGCGGAUGUCUCUGCGGUCACCGCUGGUGCCGCCGCUUCAUCCGCUUCGUUUGUGGUUCCUCCUCUCAUUCGUUCCCUCGUUACCGGCAGCUCGAUUCCUGGCUUGAAUCUUAGCCGUCCAUUGCCGGCAAUUUCCCAGGUGGUUCCUAUAGGCCCUCGGAGGUCCUCCCCCGUGCCUCCACGUGGCAACAGUUGUUUGGUGCCUCCUCCUCCUCCCACGCCCCCCACACCCUUGGCUACAGCAGACGACAGAGAGUCCCGGGCGAUCAUGCUCUCUCUGUUGCCGCCACCUGAACAACUACCUGACGCCGUUCUGGCGCAAGAGAUAGAGAGAACGUGGGGUCCUUUGAGGUUCCUCGACUUGUCCCGCCGCUGGGAUGGCGUGGCUACGGCACAUUUUUACGACCUGCGCCAUGCCAAGGCAGCUCUGAGGGACGUGCAGCAGCAGCACUGGCUGCAGCAGCAGCGCACACACCACCGCAUCCUGCUCCGCCUGCGCCAGAUCCACACCAGGGAACCCCCUGAGAAGAUCAUCCAGGACCCCUACCGGCCCCUGCCGAACGAGCCUGUGCCGCUGAAAGGGCUGGGGUUGGUUGCUGGGUGGGUGGUGUGGGCUCAAGCGGUGGAUCCUGAUGGGGAGGGCGGGGCGUGGGCGGGAGAGGGAAGGGUGCCGGGCUUGGGAGGGGGUUUGGAGGAGGUGGGGCGGAUGGUGGAGGCGGUGAAGGGAGGAGACGUUAAGGAGGUCAGAGCAGUUCUUUCCAAGAAGCUUCAUCGCCUUGUGGAGUUUUUUGACAUCCGGGCAGCAGCUCAUGCGGUGCAGAAGCUGACCGGAACAGAGCUGGCGGGCAGGCGGAUAAAGAUCGAGUUUGCACGCCAAGGAGUCAUGACAGAUGCAGUUGGAACGGCAGGAGGAUCGAGAGCUGUAGGAGCAGUGGGAUCAAGAGGUGUGGAUGCAUGGCAGGGGCGUGGGCGCACGGAAUGGGGGAGAGGAGGAGGGAAAGGGGGUAGAGGAGGAAAGAAAAGCGGCAGAGAAUGCAGUGUGAAGGAGGGCUGUUCAGCAGGACAGCGAGAGGGAGAGAAUGGAGGGGAGAGUGGAGGGGAGAGCGCCAGGUCAAGAGGUGGCGGGCAUUCUGAUGAGUCAGCAUCGCUGACCCAAGAAGAGCUGGCCCCUCUCUCAUCUCCUGGCGAAGAAUGCACGUCAGGGGACGGCAACCCAGACAACACUACUCCAGCUACUAGUGCACCCAUCGCUACUGCCAGUGCACCCAUCACUACCGCACCCGACACCAGUGCACCCAUCACCAGUGCACCAUCACCACCGCACCCAUCACUACCGCACUUAACACCAGCACGCCCCAUGAGCAGCGCCACAGCGAGCGCCCAGAGCUCGCCAGACACUGUGGAGCCACGGCCCUCCCCAGUAUGCCUACCACCUUGCCCCAGGCAUGCCGUAUCUCUCCCACCUGCUGGGGCUGCAUCCUCUGCUUAUCUCCCCUACCCUCCUCCACUUCCACUGCCCUUCCCUUCUGACCAUGCCGCGCAUUCUCCCCUUGUACCUCUUCUGCCGCCUCCUCCUCCUCCUCCUCCCCCUCCUUCGUCUGCUCCCAGUCAUCUUUCCCUGGCUGCAAUAUCUGCUGGGGGGGCGUCUCCUGCUGUUUCAUUCCCCACGUCUCUCUCCUCCUCUCCCCGAUUCCCUGCCACCCCCACUGCAAGUGCCUCCCAUGCUUCUGCCGCUGCAGCUGCUGCUGCCCCUGCGUUUGCCAACCCUGCUGGCCCGCCUACCCCCACUGCCUCUACUGGGUUUGCUAUGGGCCAGCGGGCGAUGCGGGGAGACGAAGAUGACAUGGCAGAGUUCGCGUUUGUGGAGGAGGCAGCAGCAGCAGCGGCGGCAGGAGCGAGGCCGCCCAGUUGGCUGCCACGUCAGCAGCAGGCAGGUGGCACCAGUGGGCGAGGGGCAGCGAGCGAGGGGGCGGCGGGACGGCACGAGGACGACGGUGAUGGUGCGCAACAUUCCAACCGCUACAACCAGGCCAUGCUGCUCGCGCUGCUGGACGCCCACUGCCUGCACUGCAACUCCCAGCCCGCCUGUCGGCCCUGGGGUGGAGGGCACGCGGUGGGAGGAGGUGGAGCACGAGGCAGGAGUGGUGCUCGUGUUGAUGGCUGUGGUGCAGUGGUGAUGAUGGUGGUGAUGGUGGUGAAUCUGCUGCUGCUGCUGCUGGUUGUACCGAUGGAGAUGGGAGCAAUGGCAGUGAUGCGGGCAGUGACAGUGGCAGCAGUGGUGCAGUGGGGGGAGUGGGGAGGAGGAGGAGCAAUGGGAGCCGCUCUCGCUUAUGACUUUGUGUACCUUCCCAUUGACUUUAAGAACCGGUGCAACCUGGGGUACGCGUUUGUGAAUCUGACAACGGUGACGGCGGCGCUGCGGCUGUUCCGUGCCUUCCACCUGCAGCCGUGGGAGGCCUUCAACUCGCGCAAGGUCUGCCGCAUCUCCUACGCGCGCGUGCAGGGUUGCGCGGCGCUGGAAGAACAUUUCCGCAACUCGCGCUUUGCGUGCGACACGGAGGAGUUUCUCCACGCUCGCUUCUCCCCGCCUCGCAACGGCAUCUCCUGCCCUCCCCCGGUGCUUGCCGCCGGUCACAUGGAAGGCCAGCAGGUAACCCUCACCAGUGGUCAACCACCGCGCUCACCUCUGACCCUAG